AUGAAUGCAAGUGCACCAGGAUCACAGCAUGAAUGGGAGGCUUGUAGAAAGGAGGAUGAUAAAGACAGACAGAUAUUAGAAUACCGCCUGGAACUCCACAGAAUAAACCUCCUCCUCCAGAAUAUCACACAUGAUCCCAGGUGCCAGCUGUGUCCACAGAGAUGGCACUGGUCAUGGGGGCACUGUUACUAUUUUUCGGUGGGAUUGGAGGAGAACCGCAAGUGGGCGGAGAGUGCUGAAUACUGCAUACAUCACAAUGCCAGCCUGGUCGUCAUACAGGAGAACAGAGAGAAGGAGUUUAUCAUGGAAAAGAUGAGGAGGUUUCCAGUGAUGCCUUUCCUGUGGAUAGGACUGACUGAUUUUCAGGAGGAGGGACAGUGGCUGUGGCAGGAUGGGACUGCUCUACACAAUUACACCGAGGAAUCGGUGCAGUGGAAUUCAGAGCACAGAAACUGUGCUGAUCUUCGAGGGGACGGCAGCCUGUUCGCUGCGGACUGCGAGUCUUACGGACCGUGGCUUUGUGAGAAACCAGCAGACAACCACAUGUCUCAGCCCUUAAGCUGA